CAUAAUUUCCUAUGCACACUCUCUUCCGAACUCUCAAUAGUUCUUUUGUUCUUUAUUUUCACUAUUCCCUCUAUUUCCUUUCUCAUCAACCAAUUUUGGUUCGACCUCUGAUCAACUAAUUAUGGCUCUUAGAAGAGCAUACUAUUGCCUUCUUACGCUUUUGGUGUUCGCCCUAUGUUUUGAGCCAUUGUUGGGAGACACAGAUGCUCAAAUUUUGAUGAGGUUCAAAGCUUCCUUGUCCAAUAACAAUGCCUUAAACAACUGGGUGAAUGAGUCUAGUUUAUGUAGUUGGAGAGGUUUGUUAUGCAACCACACUGACCAAACAUUUUAUGGCUUGAGACUACACAAUAUGAGUCUAGGUGGGAAGAUUGAUGUAGACACCUUGUUGGAAUUGCCAACUUUGACAAGCUUUAGUGUCAUGAACAAUACAUUUGAGGGUCCAAUGCCUGAGUUCAAAAAGCUUGUGAGGUUAAGGGCAUUGUUUCUGUCCAACAAUAAAUUCUCUGGCGAUAUUCCGGAUGAUGCUUUUGAGGGCAUGACAAAACUGAAAAGGGUUUUCUUGGCAGAGAAUGGCUUCACGGGUCAUAUUCCUAAGUCACUUGCUAACUUGCCUAGACUUUGGGAUUUGGACUUGCGUGGGAAUAGUUUUGGAGGAAGCAUACCAGAGUUUCAACAAAAGGAUUUCAGAAUGUUUAAUUUGUCGCAUAACCAAUUGGAAGGUUCAAUACCAGAAAGCUUAAGCAACAAGGAUCCAAGUUCAUUUGCUGGCAACAAAGGCCUAUGUGGAAAACCGAUGAGUCCGUGCAAUGAGAUUGGUGGCAACGAGUCUAGAUCAGAGAUUCCCUACCCUGAUUCAUCUCAAAGAAAGGGAAACAAAUACCGAAUCCUUAUAACCGUCAUUAUAGUGAUCGUAGUGGUUGUUGUUGCUUCAAUAGUAGCACUUCUAUUUAUCCGUAACCACUGGAGAAAAAGGUUGCAACCCUUAAUAUUAAGCAAGCAGGAGAAUUCCAAGAACAGUGUAGACUUCAGGGAGUCACAAUCCAUUGAUGUGACAAGUGAUUUCAAGAAGGGUGGUGAUGGGGCAUUGAACUUUGUUAGGGAAGACAAAGGGGGGUUUGAUUUGCAAGACCUGCUUAGAGCCUCUGCCGUGGUUCUUGGUAGUGGCAGUUUCGGGUCCACAUACAAGGCUAUGAUUUUGAAUGGACCAACUGUGGUUGUGAAGAGGUUUAGGCACAUGAACAAUGCUGGGAAACAAGAGUUCAUUGAGCACAUGAAAAGGCUUGGAAGUUUGACACACCCUAAUCUUCUCCCCCUUGAUGCAUUCUACUACAGAAAAGAAGAUAAGUUUUUGGUUUAUGACUAUGCCGAAAAUGGCAGCUUGGCCAGUCAUCUACAUGAUAGAAAUGGCUCAGUGCUAAACUGGUCAACCCGUUUGAAAAUCGUAAAAGGAGUAGCUAGAGGCUUAGCAUACCUCUACGAAAGCUUCCCUGGCCAAAAUCUACCGCAUGGCCAUCUCAAGUCCUCCAAUGUUGUUUUGGACCAUUCAUUUGAGCCACACUUGACAGAGUAUGGCCUUGUGCCAGUGAUGACCAAGAGUCAUGCUCAGCGGUUCAUGGCGGCCUACAAGGCCCCAGAGGUGAACCAAUUUGGAAGGCCAAAUGUGAAAAGUGAUGUGUGGUGUCUGGGGAUCCUCAUUCUGGAGCUUCUAACAGGGAAGUUCCCAGCAAAUUAUCUGAGGCAUGGGAAGGGUGGGAACAAUUCUGACUUGGCAACAUGGGUGGACUCAGUAGUGAGGGAAGAGUGGACUGGUGAGGUGUUUGAUAAGGACAUUAUGGGGACCAGGAAUGGGGAGGGUGAGAUGCUGAAGCUGCUGAGGAUUGGAAUGUUUUGCUGCAAAUGGAGUGUGGAGAGUAGGUGGGAUUGGAGGGAGGCACUGGCAAAGAUUGAGGAGUUAAAGGAGAAGGAUAGUGAUGAAGAAUACUCUUCUUAUGUCAGUGAAGGGGAUUUGUAUUCAAGGACUAUGACUGAAGAUGAGUUCUCUUUUUCUGUCACUAAUUGAUGAUAAUGUGGGGACUUACAUUGGACAAAGGGAGAGGCUUCAACAUUGUAGUUGACGUUGUGAUUUCUUAUACUGUUACAGGUGUGGUCAUUGUGAUGCUGAUUGAGGCCAUUGAGGCCUAAACCUGUUUUUAUGUUUGCACGAAAUGUAAAAAACAUUUUAUAAUUA